AUGAGCGAACGGACCAAGAAAAUUUUGCGGCUUGCUCGUGAAAUAAUGAGUAAGGAAAUCGAUGAGGUGAAUUUUUCUUCUUCUGUGUCAAAUGACAAUGAAAUGCCUGCACCCUCCAUACAGGUCAGUAAUAUCAGUCAUGAUCAAUCCAAUCAUGAAUCAACCCAGUGGAAUGUUGUGGAGUCAACUCCGACAACUAUGCAUUUGAAAAAAUUGGAGUCUUCUGAGCACGGAACCACUUCGGAUGAAUCCGAUGACGUCGUUUCAUCAGGUUCAGGCGAAAUGUAUGAUCCAUCAAGUAGUGAUGAAUCUUCGGACAGCAAUUUAUCUCCUUCUUCCCCAAUUACCUCCACUACCAACAAUGCCGAAACCCAGCUAGAUGAAACACAACUCCAUGAACCAUCUCCAACAGUGAGGGGAAAAAAAAGAACAAGAAAUGUCGAAAACUGGUGCAAAGUAAAAGCUAAACUGUUGAGGAACUCAGGAAAAAGUUAUACAGGUAGAACAGGAAAAACUGUACCCCCUCGAAAGAUGGGUCCUUCUUGCAAGGAUAAAUGUAUCCUGUCUUGUUCCAAGAAAUUCACAGAACAAUACAGAGUUCAGCUGUUCACGGAUUAUUGGGCAAUGGGUUCGAUACAACGUCAGCGGGAUUUUCUCAGUGCAUGUAUUGAGAAACUUGCUCUGAAAUAUCGUCGCAUAACUGCCCAAGAACCUCGAAAGCCAAAUUGUGCUUUUUAUCUGAGGGAUACUAAUACAAAUAAGGUUCGAGUAUGUAAAACCUUCAUAAUAAAUACUUUGGGGAUAAGCGAAAGAGCAAUCCGUACAGUAAUCGGAGCCACAUUGAGUGGAACUGGAAUUGCUUCUUUGGAAGACAAAAGAGGUAAACAUACCAAUCGUAAGAAGAUAGACGAAGAAAUUUUGAUUUCAGUCAGGAACCACAUAAACUCGAUCCCCCGUUUUGAGAGGCACUACGUACGAAAGGACACAAAGAGAGAGUUCAUCGAUGGUGGUUUAACCAUAGCAGAUAUGCAUCGUCAGUAUUCUGCCGAACGAUCUGCAAUUAAUAUGCAACCGGCAAAUUAUGAUACGUAUGCACGGAUAUUUAACAACGAAUUUAAUAUAGGAUUCUUCCUGCCGAAGAAGGAUCAAUGUGAUCAAUGUGAGGCGUACAAAAAUGCUGUUAAUGAUGACAAGAAGGAACUUGAAGACGCUUACCACCUACAUCAGGAGGAAAAAGAAUUAAGUCGACUUGAGAAAGCAGCGGAUAAAGAAAAGUCCCAAAAAGGAGAAAUCAAGUUAGCUGUUUACGACCUACAAGCAGUGUUGCCAGUACCGAUGGGGCAAACAUCAGCUUUUUAUUACAAGUCACGACUAAAUUGUUUCAAUUUCACAGUAACUGAAAUCGGAAGCGACAAGACCGUGUGCUUCUUUUGGCAUGAAGGACUUGGGCACAGGGGUGUUAACGAGAUAGGAACUGGCGUUUACAAAUAUCUCGACGCGUGUUCAAGUAGCAGCCCUGGGCAAGACGUUGUAUUGUACUCAGACAACUGCGGGGGCCAACAGAAGAACCGGUAA